CAAUUCCCUCCUCUCUAUUGCUGCUUCAUUAUCUCAGCCUGCACACAAUCUCUUUCCACAAACAACCCCCAGCACAUCUCAGAGAUCAACACCCAGUCAUCAUACCCACAAACGGCCUCCUGGAGCUGAUAAUUCGAAAGGAUCCAAUACCAAACCCUCUGGUGCUGUGAGGCAUUGCGCUUGUUUCUCGAUCGCUCCAAAUGGGGAGGCAUUCCUGCUGCUACAAGCAGAAGCUAAGAAAAGGCCUCUGGUCCCCAGAGGAGGAUGAGAAGCUCCUCAAGCACAUCACUAAAUACGGCCAUGGCUGUUGGAGCUCCGUGCCCAAGCUAGCAGGGCUUCAAAGGUGUGGGAAGAGCUGCAGAUUGAGGUGGAUAAACUAUCUGAGGCCUGAUCUCAAGAGAGGCUCCUUUUCGCAGCAGGAGGAGGACCUCAUCAUUGAACUCCAUGCAGUCCUUGGCAACAGAUGGUCUCAAAUUGCAGCCCAGUUGCCCGGGAGAACGGACAACGAGAUCAAGAACCUGUGGAACUCCUGCAUCAAGAAGAAGCUGAGGCAGAGAGGCAUUGAUCCCAACACCCACAAACCACUUUCCGAGACCGAAGGCGGAGAAGAUAAGGCCGGAUCCAGCGAGCUGAAGCCUCUUGCCCCUCCCUCGGGCAACUUGAACUCGGUGGUUCCUGAGUUUGCUCCUCCAGUGAUGUCGAUGGUGGACAGGUCGAACUCGGAGAAUUUGGUAACAUCCACCAAAGAUUUCUUUCUAUACCGGUUCGCCGCCGCAAGCCAUGAGAGCUCCUCCAGCUGCCAACCGACAAAUUCGAUGGACUACUUGCCCCUCCGGAAUUCGACUUACAGUCCCAGCUCAUCGAUGGACCAAAAUCUGCCUCUCUGGUUUAACCAGAAUUCCAGGUUGCCUGACAUGAAUCCCGAGUUCACUUGCAACAUGAUGAUGACUGCUGCUCUUCCAUCAGGCUCAAGGUCCACUGCAUCGACCUCCAUGGGUUUAAAGCCCACGGUUGGUAUGGCAGCAGACAAUUCUCUCCCAGGUUUCCAGUGCUUGGAGGCCGGUAACUCUAGUAACAACAGUGCAAGUAGCGGCAACAGUGGUGGUGGGGGGAUUGAGUUGCAGAGCAACAAUUCUAUCUAUGAAAGCAGCAUCUUCCAAUGGUCGGACUUGGUGUCCAACAGACAAGCUGAAAUCCAACUCGGAGCUGAACCGGAGGACCUCAAAUGGUCUGAGUACCUCAACGGUACCAUCCCUUUGUCCGCGGAUAUCCAAAACCAAACUCAACUUCUUAAUGGAGCUGUCAAGGAAGAGAACCAAUUCCCAAUCGACGGGUUGAGUUCAUGGCUGCAGCCUCCGGAAGUAUUUGGCAAGGACUUGCAGAGAAUUUCCACAGCUUUCAAACAAAUUUAAAUCAUCGAUACACGUAACGGUCCUUGUGGAGCCUCAGAUUCGCAGAGUGGAGGGAGAGACUCACAGAAGCGGUCCUUCACGCAGAGUUACAAGUUAGAAAAAGGCUUCUUCUAAUAGUAACUUCACAACGAGCGCACCAUUAAAUUUUUCUCAAUGUAAAUAGGCUUCAUGAUACAAAAACCUUGAGUCUUUGUUGAUCUUUGGAUGGUUGUGGGAAUAAGGGCAGAAUAAAGCUUGUUUCGGUGUAUGCUUGUUUUUAUUUUUCAUCUAAUUUCAUUAUUUUGGAACUCA